GACCAACUUUGAGAACAUGAUGCUUGAGAUGCAACACGACCAGGUAAUGACCGAUCUCAAGAAAAUUCCUCAGGAGAUUAGUGAGGCCUUGUACAAGUGCAAGGAGCUGUCUAAAGAAAAUCAACUUUAUUGCAUCAGGAACUGUCAGCUCCUUGCAGAGUCUCUUCAUAUAAAGAAUCAAGCAAAAAUUCUGUGGAACGAGAACAGGCAGCUGCUAAGGGAGCAGAUUGCACUGGAAGAGUGUACUAAGAAAACAAAGAGGCUAUGUGUGGAGGCCAGCUUGAAGACAUACGACAAGUAUACCCAACAGCAGCAGCAGCAG